UGGCACCCAUAUGGGAUACCAGCACCUCAGGUGGAGGAUUAGCUUGUUACCCCACCAAGCUGGCCCUGGUUCUUUGAUUAUUUGAACAAACAUAUCAUGUUAUUACCAAACUAUGAUUAUUUUGAGUAAAUUACUUUGUUACCUUUCCUAGACUCUAACAUCUUGGAUAUGUUUUAAUUCACUAGUAUCCUUUCAAAGUGAGGCCUCUCAGAGCUGAAUUCAGACUUCAACAUGAUCUAGCCAUUGCAAAGCAUAUGGAAGGUUCCUUAUUCUGGAUCUCCACUUCUAUCAAGAAAACUAUGUGAAGCAACAUUCUUCAGAUUCUGAAAGACAUCAUUUCAUCAUGGGACAACAAAUUUCGGAUCAGACCCAGUUGGUUAUUAGCAAGUUACCAGAGAAAGUAGCAAAACACGUCACAUUGGUUCGAGAAAGUGGCUCCUUAACAUACGAAGAAUUUCUUGGGAGAGUAGCUGAGCUUAACGAUGUAACUGCUAAAGUGGCUUCUGGCCAGGAAAAACAUCUUCUCUUUGAGGUGCAACCUGGGUCUGAUUCCUCUGCCUUUUGGAAAGUGGUUGUACGGGUGGUGUGUACCAAGAUUAACAAAAGUAGUGGCAUUGUGGAAGCAUCACGCAUCAUGAAUUUGUACCAGUUCCUUCAGCUUUAUAAAGACAUCACAAGCCAAGCAGUGAGUGUGCUGGCCCAGAGAUCCGCCUCUCCAGAACCUGAGGAAGAUGCAUCCUCUGGAGCGUCUUGUCAGGCCAGUCUUUGGAUGGGAAGGGUCAAGCAGCUGACCGAUGAGGAGGAGUGUUGCAUCUGCAUGGAUGGGCGAGCUGACCUCAUCCUGCCAUGUGCUCACAGCUUUUGUCAGAAAUGCAUUGAUAAAUGGAGUGAUCGACACAGGAAUUGCCCUAUCUGUCGGCUACAGAUGACUGGAGCAAAUGAGUCUUGGGUGGUGUCGGAUGCGCCCACUGAAGACGAUAUGGCUAACUACAUACUGAACAUGGCUGAUGAGGCCGGCCAGCCGCACCGGCCAUGAGCCCCGUGAAGAUCUGCUGCUGUGGACCACACGCUUCGGUCACGGACGAAAACUGCUGUGGCAGAUAAACAAUGAGUUUCUCCACCCUCCUAUUUUUGCUAUACUCACACACUGCCCCAUGCUUUUUAUAUAAACUAUCCAUGUCUUCCACUGAUAAUAACCUAAAAUUUGCUACUGUUUCAGACCAUGUUUCCCUAUUUAUUUGUUCUAAAGUGCAUUAGAACUAAUUGCUCUUGAGUGCUCUGCUAGCUGAUAACAGCAAUAUCUCCAGAGGCUUUUGGUCACACUGCAGUUUUUCAGGAAAUAACUAUUCUGGAGUCUUUAGAUUUAAAAUAAGCCUUGAAAUUAAACACUGGAGAAAUCGUUACGUGACUAAACAUGUGGGCCAUGUCAAAGUGCGUGUUACUACUUAGAUUAUCUUUCUGCUGGGCUCUAAGGACUGUGUCUGCCCCCUUGUGGUUAAUUACUGCUCUUAAUUUUUACUUGAAUGCUCCACCGUUUUCAGGACUUCAACAAUGUGUUUUGGAGCUGCCUAGUGUUGUUGCUUCGAAAGGUGGUGGUGUUUGCCCUGCUGUGUAAACUGGAUGAGGACUGUAGAGCUGGGCAUGACCGCUUCAUAAACAGACCUCCACAAGGGAUGCUCCGGGGCUGUUCUGGAAAGGUCUUCCCCAGCGGAGCAACUGCUCUCCAUGGCUCCUGUGAAUGCUCACAGUCUCGGAAGGAAACUUUCCCUCGUCACAAGCACUAAACUUUAUAUUCCCAGCUAUGAUAAGUCAUUCAGUGUUGGUUUGUGGUACCUCUGUUUUCUCAACUUGAAGAUGUUUCAUGGUCCUCAAAUUUCAGAGAUUGAGAGGAGAAUAUAGGGUAAGCCACCCCCCUUUUUAACUAUAUAGUGUAAAACACCUCUGAAAAUGACAAAUUUUGCUUACUCUUUCAUUCUACUGCUUUGAAAGUAUCUGAACAAGCAUAUAAUUAUCCUUAGUACCUCAAAACAUUUUUCAGAAUUUUUGUCUAUGGCAUACAAUUCUUAACAUUAGCAUUUCAGCAUAUAAAAACUAGGGCUUGACAUCACCUUUUAAAAAUAGUCACUGUCCAUGUAAUUGUUUUGACCUCUUAUUGAUAAUUUGCAAAUGCUAGCUAGCUAUUUUCCUAAGUACCCAGGGAUCACUGUGUAAGUCACUGCUUAUUAAUGACAAAUUUUGAAAGCUAAGAUCUUAAUAAGCAUGCCUGUAAAACCCAUCUCAGAAGUUUGACUGAAAGUAGCUUCAUUUUUACCUCUGAGAACUAGCACAGCCCAUUAACAUUGGUGAUGAGGACAGUGAAGUACUUCACCAUAGCUGUUGAGGUCUUGCCAGCCUGGGGAUACACUUGAUGGCUGUGUGACCUGGAGAAAGUUUCUCAUAUUUCUAAGUUCCUACUUUAAGAAUUGACUUCAUCUGUACUUUUCCCAAUAUUUCAACACUUGAGCCUUUUCUUUCCCCAGGCAAAUAUCUUAGAGUUAUUAUAUACAACUCUCCUCAUAUGAACUUGAUAUACUAUAGUAACUAAAGUCAGCCAAUGAAAACAGAAUAAAGCAUUCUAGUAAGUAAAAGUGUAUUAAAAUUUGGUAACAAGUCUGUAUAAUGGGAAUUAUAUUUGUUUACACACAGAGAGAGACACCAGUUAAAAUUCAGGUCAACUUUACAGAAGCCUGAAUCUCCCCCAUUUACUCCUAGUAGUCCAUGAAAGAUGAUUCUGGAAGCUUUGGGAGAGAUGAUUCUCUGAGAACUUCAGUUGGGAUUAGACCUGCUGAGUCUAACUCAGGUUGCCUAACUUUAAGAUGUUUCUGAAAUUGCAGUGGCGUUACAGAUGUUUGAUCUUUCCAGAGACAAUUAUUCUUCUGCCAAGUAGUUAUAUCAUAGCAGCCCAACAACUCGACCUUGCCCAACACUUUUUACUUUACAAUAUGAACUCCAAGACAUUAACUGAUCUACUGUGAAAUGUGGAGUGUUAUUAUUAGCCUUAUCAAAUCAAUGAGCACAGUUCUUGCUCACUCCAUUAAACUGGGUGAUGAUUCUUUAAAUGUGAAUGGUCAGUAGGUUCUACUGUAAUAACUAAUCAUGAAAGUUGUAAAUUUGCUUCAUGGAUGAAAUGUACACUUUUUGUAUUCUGUACAGCUUUUCCUUUUUAAAAGCAGAAGUACUUAAAUGCACUCACUAUGAUAGGAGAUAUAAUGUGUGCCUUCUAGGAUUUGUGAAAUGGUCUCAUGAACUCUAAUUCGUAUUAUAGAUCAUACAGAUUUUCCUCUCCUAACUCAAUAAUGAAGAGUUUACUUGUGUUAUAGUGCUAUAAAACUGUGGUUUGGGAAAAUGAGUUUGCUAUGUAUUGAAUUUAGAGGUGAGAAUGUUAGUUUGGUUUUAUUCUUAGAACAAACUAAUAAAUUGUGCAAUAACUAAUCUUUAGCCAGAAAAUGUUAGCUAAUUGAAAAAUGUUUUUCUUACCAUGUAAUUUCACAUUCUUACAUAUGAAAUGUUUAUAUUCCUUAGAGGACUAUUUUAUAUUGUGCUCUGGGGGGUUGUGAUGUUUGUGUGCUGUGUUUUAAAAUUCAUUUCAAGUUGGACUUGAUUUUAUGAUUGUAUUUAAUAUUUUUCUGAUAAUAAGGUUGCCUGAAAAUAUCUGUUCAACACUUUUUUUUAACAUCGGGAUAGUUGGGCUCAUUAAAAUGUGGUCUAAAUAA